AUGAGCUCGUCCGCCACUGCUCCCUCCACCUCAUCCACCUCUUCCAACUCCAACGCUAAAGAUCAACCAUCCGACAUGGUGCGGGUUCCCUCCAGCGUCGUGCGCGUCUUGAUGCUCCCCGGAUACACCCAGAACGCGACCAUCUUCAAAGGUCGCAUGGGCGCCAUCAAGCGCUCCUUGCCGGCCUCGGUCGAGCUCGUCUUUAUCGAUCCUGCAAGUCCAUUCAUUCGGACCCAUUCGGACCGUCGCGGUGAUCAGGAUAUAUAGACUCAUACUAUGCAUUCCUUCACCAGACGCACGUUGUCGACAUGCCGACCAACUCGUCUGCCGAUUUCGACUCGUCGGCAACUUCGAAUUCCGACUCCCCGGAGACGACCCCGCGGUGCUGGUGGUACGCCGAACAAACAGAGGUCAGUGAUCUGGCGCAAUCUCAACGAGUUCGGAUCGGGGUACUGAUCAUGAUUUUCUCAUCAACACGCAAUAGGGGUAUCGGCAUUUCGCCAAGAUGGACGAAACACUGGAAUACUUGCGCGAAUUCAUCAUCACCCAGGGCCCCUUUGACGGGUGUUGGGGCUUCAGUCAAGGUGAGACUACCCUCGGUCUCUCGGCGGAACCACGAAACAUCUCGCUUACUCAUCAGUUUCCCUGCAGGUGCCGCAUGCGCUGCGAUCUUGACUGCGCUCGUGGAAAACCCUUCUUUGCACCCCAUUUUUGCCCGAGACGGACCCAACUGGCCCCCAGCGCCAUUCAAGUUCUCCAUACUCAGCGCCGGCUUCAUGCCCCAAGACCCAAUCAUGGCUAAACUAUUCGACAAACCUUUACACACCCCGACCGUUCAUGUCCUCGGUCGAGCGGACACGAUCGUCUCGAACGAUCGAUCGACGCCUUUGGCCGAAGCUUUUGUCGACGCGAGGGUCGAAUGGCACGAGGGGGGUCAUCAUACGCCUUCCAAGGCUUCUUGGAGACAUUUCUUCAAACAUUAUUUGGAAUUAUUUGGACCGGAUGGACCGGGCAAGGAGGGCAUCGAUUCGCUGCCUUCGCCGUCGCUCGGGACUUCGUCGGGGACAGCGACGCCCGAAGGGGGGAGACUGUGA